AUGUGUUCAGCAAAUUUGCUAUUUCAAGAUAUAGUAGCACGUUGGCACGGCUUCAGCCAUGACAUCGUGAUAUUUGCAAAUUCAUCGGCUAAAUUUCAUUUUGGAAAUAUUGAAUUUGGCAAUGAAAUUGUUCUUGGUGAUAGUGGCUAUGAACAAAGCAGUUACCUAUUGACUCCUUUUCAAGAACCAAAUACACCAGCUCAGAGGUUGUAUAAUGAGUACGAUACGAACACGAAAUGUAAUAGAGAGAUGCUUUGGUGUGUGGAAACGACGCUUUCCAGUUUUAAGCAUUCGUUUAAGAUG